UGAGUGAUACAAAUCUUUUAACUUGUCAGAUUAAAGAUAUUUCAAACCUCCUCCAAGUACCUGCAAGGGAAAAGGUACUCCAACCCUGAUUGGCUGCAAAAAGCCUUUACUGCUGCUCUUCUCCAUAACUAGCACAUGGCUUCUUCUAUGGCAUCCCCAUUUUUUCCUAAAGAGAGAGAGGUAAAAUUACCUUUCGCAACUCUAACUAGAUCACCAGCAACAGUUAUAUUGCUUCAACUGUGCCAAAAUAUGCAUGAAGUAAGACAAUUACAUGCUCAAUUUGUCGUCUCAGGACUCCUUAACCAUCAUUCUCUCUGCGGGAGGAGGCUUCUUGAGUCCUACGUUACAAUGUCUGAGAUCAGUUAUGCCCGGUCGAUCUUUGAGAGAAUACCUUACCUCGAUGUGUUCGUAUAUAACACGAUGAUAAGGGGCCUAAUGCUUGGUAAGCGUCCAUAUGAUUCCUUGUUACUGUUCAAUGAGCUUUUACUUGGAUGCCUUAAACCAGACAACUACACUUACACCUUUGUCCUUAAAGCAUGCUCCAAUCAGAAAGCUCUUCCUGAAGGUAAACAAGUACAUUGCCAGAUAAUUAAGGCAGGAAUCUCCCCGAACACGCACAUUCAUAGCUCCCUAAUCCAUAUGUAUACUAGCUCAGGUAGCAUAGUUGAAGCAGAAUGCGUUCUCAGAGAGUUCUCAGAGGAAAACACGCUUGCUAAGAACUCAAUGAUUUCUGGGUACUUGAGUAAGGGUCACGUAGACAAGGCUCGAGCGAUGUUUGAUCAAAUGAAAGCAAAAGAUGUUGCAUCUUGGAGUGCAAUUAUAACAGGAUGCACAAAGAAUGGUAUGCAUACCGAGGCAUUAGCUCUCUUUGAAGAUAUGAUGGUUUCGCAUACCCUGCCAAACGAAUCGGCACUGGUGAGCUUGCUAUCUGCAUGUGCACAUUUAGGUGCACUGCAUCAAGGAAGAUGGAUUCAUGCAUAUAUUGACAGAAUAGGGGCUGACAUGAGUAUUAGACUUAGCACUACCCUCAUUGACAUGUAUGCCAAGUGUGGUGAUAUACAAUCUGGGUAUAAAUUCUUCCGAAAAAUGCCUAGAAGAGACAUUGUUACAUGGGGAGCUAUAAUAUCAGGAUUUGCUAUCUAUGGACAAGCUAAAAAAUGUUUCGAACUGUUUGAGGAAAUGGUUGCUGAUGGAAUCUAUCCAAAUGGGGUAAUAUUUGUGGCCAUAUUGUCAGCCUGCUCUCAUGCUGGUUAUGUUGAAGAGGGAAAGCUAUAUUUCAAUCAAAUGAUAGUAGAUCUUGGGAUAAGACCGUCCAUUGAACAUUAUGGAUGCAUGGUAGACCUCCUUGGCCGUGCCGGGCAGCUAAAAGAAGCAGAAGAAUUCAUCAUUUCAAUGCCAGAAAAGCCAAAUUCAGUCAUAUGGGGGUCAAUGCUCAGUGCAUGCAGAACUCACAAUGACCUGAAUAGAGGGAGUUGGGCAUUCAGGCACUUGAUAGAGCUUGAGCCAAGGUCAGGUGACAGGUACAAGCUAGCAGGGCUGAUGUUUGGCAAUGCAGGAGAGAAACAGGAAGCUACUAAGAUAAGGAAGAUGAUCGAGGAUCAAGGGAUGGAAACAACUUGUGGCUCCAGUUUCAUUGAAGUAGAUGGCACAAUUCAUGAAUUUUUAGUAGGGGAUACCAUUCAUAAUGAGGCUGCAGAGAUAUAUGAGGUGUGGAAAGGGCUCAAUGGGUUACUUGAGGCUGCAUAAGUUUCCAAUUGCUGGUGAUUUAACAUAUGCCACAUAUACAACUGACAUACAACAAGGGAGCAUGAAUUUACAUACCAUUAAUAGCAAUUUACCAAGUAUUAUUUUAAUCAAUGUAAGAUUUUAAAUAUAAAGUGUUAAAAGUAUAUUUUCUUCUGUUUA